AAAGAGGGGUGGAGAGCAGAAGAAGAGGAGAAGGGCAGAGAGGACCUAGUGAAGCACACAUCUCUUGGAGGGAUUUGUGCGGAUGAGAAGAGAGAUAAAGAGUGAGUUGAAAAUGAAAAGAAACAUAUUGUGCAUCUGAUAAGACUGGAUGAUCGCCGGGAACUUCAGUACCCAGCAGAUUAUUCCAUCUCAGCCACAUUAAGAAGCAACCCAGUCCUAUUAUCUUCAAACCUUAGCCCAGGAUGACUUCUCCUACAAAAGAAGGAAGUGAUACAGCCAAUAGUGCCCUCAAAAAUGCUGAAACUGAGGCUCAAAAUGACUGUAAUGCAGACAUAGAGCCUUCAGCCAUUGACCCCAGUAUAUCUGAGCUAGAAACCAACCCGGCAUAUGUGGAGUCAACUGCAUCAGCCUCUCAGGAGAAUGCUGUUUCUCAAGCAGAAGACAAUGAGCUUAAACCAGAGAAGAUUCAAAAGAAUCCUCAGAAAGAAGACAUCAAUGAAAGGGCUCUUCUAGUUCCGAUCCCAAUUCCUAGAAAAUGGGGCUUUCUUAUCUCAGGAUUAGGGAGAGAUAAACAUCUGAAUGUCCCUCCACUAAGAAUUGUUAAAAGCAAUUUCUUUGUCAAUAGGCCAAAAUUCUACUCAGGGGAAAUGGAGAUGGACAAAAAUGACAACUUUCAUAGCACCAUCAAUUGCAGGAUUCCUUUCCACCAUUCAAUCCCAUGGAGAAUCCCGUUCAUUAACAAUUGUGAGAUAAAACGAAUGAUUCUCCGUACAUUAAGUGGGAGGAAUCUCUCUCAGAUCACAAGUAGUCAAAGUACCAUGUGUGUGAAGCAAAAGUACAUGGCAGUUGUUCCUCGCCCAAACAUCCUCACCCAUGGUGAAGGAGACAUAGUGUUUAGAAGGCACUCAAGGGUGUGCCCCAUUGAGAGGAUGACAUCCAGAAAGUUUUAUAUAACAAGUGAUACCAAAGUAAACAGUGAGUAUCACACUGUUGCAAGGCCCAUGUUCUAUGCCCCACGAAUCUACAUUGAAAACACCUUCUUUAGAAAAUCUUUUGAGGCUUAUUUGCAACGUCACCAUAACAUCAGGGCUGUGGUCGAAUGCAAUAAUGGAUGGAAAUAUGUGUGUCCUAUUUGUGGGAAUAUUUUCAACAAUUUGGUUGACAUUAGACAACAUUCCUGCAGUUUUAAUGGUAAUUAAAUUAAAUUGAAAUAAAUCCUUUUAAAAAUUGAACUUUGAAAAAUUAAUUUCACUUCCAACAUGAGAGAAAAUUGCAUAAACAAAUAUUUUAGUACUGUUAGAUGGAGUUGCAUAAGGAAACACAAAGAUAUAUCAAUAAGAAACAUUUAGAAGAGAAGAGAAUAUGCCUUGCUGUUACAAAUAGAUCAUCAAAGUACUAGGCCUUUGAUGUGUAUCUAGUCAGCAAUUGAACCAAGAAUAUUUGCACUUUCUGAACAUCUAAUUUUGGAUAAGAAUAAUGUUAACAUUAAAAGAUUCUAUGUUAACAAGACCUUGACAUAGAUAGCAAAUAUGUACUAGAAGAAUACACAAAGUCCUACAAGAUAUUUCCAGAGACUCUGCUAAAUUUGUUUUCUGAAAUGUUCUCCAUAAAUUCAAUAAAAAAAUUUAA